AUGAAUUACAUCAAAAGCCUCUUUCUACAAUCCACUCAAAACCCUACUGUUCUCAUUAAUUCAGAUCAACACAUCUAUCGCAGUCGACACGCCGAACAUGGAUUUGUGCGUACACCUCUUUUACCAAAACUAAAGGAAAGUGAAUGUAUUAUCGGAAGAGUUUGGACAGAAACUGUGAAAUCAAGAAAAGAUAAGCAUGCGUUCGGUUAUCGUCCAUUGAUCAAUAUUUAUACAAAAGAAAAGUCCUCGGAUGACCAGGAUAAAAAUCCUAAGAAAUGGACCUUUUUUGAACUUGAAGAUUACAAGUGGAUGACCUACCAGGAAGCUGAUGAGCAUGUUCAAAAGAUAGCUUCUGCUCUACAGAACAACGGAUUCAAGCGUGGUGAUAUUGUUCUACUCUAUUCCAAAACAAGAGCCGAGUGGAUGUUGACAGCCCUUGCCUGUCUGUCUCUAGGCAUAGUGAUUACCACCGCAUAUGAUUCCAUGCCACCCGAUGCUGUGAGUCACAUCAUCAAAGAGACGGGAGCAAAGGGAAUCUUUACAGAGACUUCGCUUUGUGGAACAUUAAACAAGGCCUAUAAAGACCUUGAUAAACAAGAACAACCCAAGCUUGUCAUUUAUGCUGGUGAAGAAUUCGAAGCACCAGAAGAAAUCAAAAAGUUCAAGAGGCAAUCAUCCGAUGAUAUCAAGAUUUCGACCUACAAAGACAUCCUUGCUCAAGCGUCGCCUAGUGUCCACAUCAAAGAACAUCCAAAACCAGACGAUCUUGCGUUGAUCAUGUAUACCUCCGGUUCUACAGGUGCUCCCAAGGGCGUCGAAUUGACCCACAGUAAUAUUAUUGCAGCCAUGGGAGCAGCCGAGUAUUUGGUCAUUGACUUUUUAUCCAAGGAUGAGCACAGGUAUAUCGGGUUCCUACCUUUGGCUCAUGUGCUUGAGUUCCUUGUUGAGUUUAUCAUGAUCUGCAUGGGCAUCCCUAUCGGCUACGGCGGUAUGCGUACCUUAAUGAACGAUUCGGUCUCUGGGCGGGAUGGUCAGGGUAAAGGUAAAGGUGACUUGGAGGCGCUCAAGCCGACAAUCAUGGCAGGUGUCCCUGCUGUAUGGGAAAAGAUUCGAAAAGGUGUUGAAAGUAAGCUAGACAAACAGCAUUGGACAGUAAGGAAGGCGUUUUAUGCGGCUAUUGAGGCAAAGUGGCAAUUACUCAAGCUUUUUGGCCAAUCUAAUGUGAUUACCGAUACAUAUGAUGCUAUACUAUUCCGUCAGAUUAGAGAUGUGACAGGAGGACAUUUAAAAUACUGUCUAUCGGGAGGAGCACCUGUUUCAUUUGAGACACAAAAAUUUAUUACAUCUACUCUUUGUUUCAUGUUACAAGGCUAUGGGUUAACCGAAUGCUGUGGUUUGGCAGCAGUGACACUUCCAAGCCUUGGUAUGACCACUGGUAUCAUCGGUCCUCCUUCUCCUUCGAUCGAAUUCCGAUUUGUGGAUGUGCCCGAUACAGAUUAUAAGGCUGAAGAUAAGAUCGGUGAGCUCUGGUUACGUGGUCCUUCGUUGAUGAGAGGUUAUUAUAAACGACCCGAUAUCACUAAGGAGGCCAUGACACCCGAUGGUUGGUUCAAGACAGGCGAUAUUGCUAAGCUAAACCCUGAUGGCACAUUUGCUAUAUCAGAUCGCGUCAAAAACCUCGUCAAAUUAUCUCACGGCGAAUAUGUCGCUCUAGAGAACCUCGAGUCCAAGUACCGUAACUGUUCAUCUAUUAAAAACAUCUGUUUAGUCGCAGAUAGUGACAAGUCCUACAUCAUUGGUAUUGUGGAACCAGCUGAUAACAAUGUGGACAAAGAUAAGCUUCUAAAAGAAUUACAACAAACUGCUACUUCCUCUGGAUGCAAUCGAGUUGAAGUGGUCAGGGAUAUCCUUGUCACUCGAGACAAGGACUGGACGGAUGGCUUCAUGACGACGAGUAGUAAAAUCAAACGAAAAGACAUUAUGAAAGCUUACCAGGAAGAUAUCAAAAAGAUUUACAAAUAAAGAUUAAUAAGCAAACCAUUUUUCUUUUUCUUUUUUUUU